UCUCUCCCCCCAGAACUACUUCUAUCAAUACAUUCAUCAUGGGUGUCGAAGUUCAGCGCAUUUCUCCAGGUGACGGCAAGAAUUUCCCCAAGCCCGGGGACACUGUCAGCAUCCACUACACCGGAACCCUGGCCGACGGUAGCAAAUUUGACAGCUCCCGCGAUCGCCCCGGCACCUUUGUCACCCAGAUUGGUGUUGGCCGUGUCAUCAAGGGCUGGGACGAGGGUGUUCUCCAGCUGAGCGUUGGCGAAAAGGCCAAGUUGAUCUGUACUCCGGAUUACGCCUACGGCGCUCGUGGUUUCCCUCCCGUCAUUCCUCCCAACGCUACCCUGACCUUCGAGGUUGAGCUUCUCAAGAUCAACUAAAUGCUGGAUUUGGCGAAGCCUUGUUGCUGGGCAAAGAAUACAUCGGCAUGUCUGGCGUAGGCGGCCUGUCUGUGUGGUAUUUGAACUUGGCGGUUCAUACAAGAACAUGUCGUGACUGCGUUCAUGAGCUCCUUUUAAUAAGCGAAUUAACCCGGUCCCGAAUGC